CAUUCCUUUUUCUUGCCUCCGGGAGAGCGUGGCAGAAGUCUGUGUCACAUACAGAGAGUGAGGGUAAGGGGAUCCCCGAGUAGGUACCCUACACGCGAGCAGGGAGACGUCCCGAGUGCAUGGCGGGUUCCAUGUUUGCCAGAGGGAACACGGUGAGGGGGUGCUUGAGAACAGCCCCCCAAGAGAAACGGGAUUCGAGUCCCUGCUAAAAGGGGUGCACGAGUGUCAUGCUUUUAUGAUUUUUGUCAUCGGUAUUCCACGUCGUACCGUCACGUAGGGCACUGGGAGUUAAAGAGUUAACGCUCCCGUCCCGGGUGCAGGCUCGGAAGAGAAGAACAACUACAUACCCCGGGGGACUUGCGUUUCAUUCAGAGGGAAAGAUCAAACUGUUUGCAGAGCAGGAGCUGCCCCUUUUCUUUCCCUGUCCGGUCGUCUCGGCAGCGCGUGUGAUCCCUCAGCGUCUCUCCUUCAGCAUCAGAGCUCCAGUUCAACUUUUGCCUUUCACCUGUGAUCCUCCCAGCCUGCAGGAGAGCAGCAAAUGGCCUCAGCACAUCCAUCUCAGGAGCCCGUGAGCUUUGCGGAGGUGGCCGUGUAUUUCAGCAGGGAGGAGUGGGCGCUGCUGGACCCUGCACAGCGAGCGCUCUACCGGGACGUGAUGCUGGAGACGUACCAGUCUGUGGCCUCGCUGGCUCCACUUACCGUCCCCAAACCCGUGGUGAUCUCGUUGCUUGAAGGAGGGGAAGACUCCUGGAUCCCAGAUGUGCGCAGCCCCAUGGAGAUGGCAGGAGAGCUCAGCCCAGCAGGAGAUGGGAUCACAGCUAUAAAGGAGGAUCUGCAGGAAAGCGGUGUGGCCGGGAGGCAGAGCGACUGUGCCUCAGUGGGAGAAACCAGAAGGGAUGUCCAAGGGGUGGUGGAGCCAGGAGAGCACUUGAAGAAGGCACUGGGAGAGCAUCUGGGAAAUAGAGCGAGGAACCCCCAGGACUUCAUCACAGGUCAAAAGCAGCAUGAAGACCCGAGGAGCAAGGAAGUGUGCCAGAAGAGAAGGCAGAAGCCAUGUGAUGAGUGUGGGAAAAGCUGUGAAAGGUGUUCUGUCUGCUUUAAACACCAGUGCAUCCAUUCAAAGGAGAGACAGUGCAAGUGCCCUCAUUUUGCAAAGCACUUCAAAGGGAGAUCCACCAUUACGUACCAGCAGAGCAUCCACACGGGAGAGAGACCAUACAGGUGCCGUGAGUGUGGAAAGAGCUUCAUAAACAAUUCUGAACUUGUUCGCCACCAGCGCAUUCACACAGGAGAGAGACCCUGUAAGUGCCCUGAGUGUGGGGAGGGCUUCACAAGCAGUUCUAGUCUCACUUACCACCAGCGCAUGCACACAGGAGAGAGACCCUAUAAGUGCCCUGAUUGUGGGAAGGGCUUCAAAUGCAGCUCUGGCUUCACCUACCACCAUCGCAUCCACACAGGAGAGAGACCAUUUAUAUGCCCUGAGUGUGGGCAGAGUUUCAAAAGCAGUUCCCACCUCAACUGUCAUCAGCGCAUCCACACAGGAGAGAGACCCUACAAGUGCCCUGAGUGUAGGAAGGGAUUUAGAAGCAGUUCUGAUCUCACUGUCCAUCGGCACAUCCACACAGGAGAGAGACCCUACAAGUGCCCAGAGUGUGGGAGGGGCUUCAAAAGCCGUUCUAACCUCAGCUCCCACAAGCACAUCCACAGAGGAGACCAACCACAGCAGUGACCUGAGUUUGUGAGAACUUGCAGAAGCAGUUCCUACCUCGUGACCUACCCACACAACCACCCAGGACGCAGAGCCUGCAGUGUGGGAAGAGCUGCAGCUGAGCCCCAGCCUGCUCACCACCUGUGGCCUUCUGCAGUGAUGAACCUUAUGUGUCCUCCCCUGAACAGAGGAGCAGCUCUGGAGGUAAAUUAAAAUCCUGUUCCCCUCCCUCGCUGGCAUGGGGAUAACAUGCAUUGCUCUCUUUCUGCGGGAGGCGUUGUGUUGUGUGGAUGUGCAAAGGAGAGUCCAGAGCAGGACGUGGCACAGCCCCUGGAAACCCUCUGCCCAGUGGCAUAUUUCUGCCAUGCCUGUGCACAUGGAGAUGCCUGGGGAAGUCAUCUCGCUUUCAGAGAAACCCAUUUGCAGGUGAGGACCCAAAGGAAACCUCCACUGGACAGAGAAGUCACCGGGGAGGAAGAAAACAUGUCUGCAGGGAGCGUGGAAGAGCUUCAGCAGGAGUUCAACCCAUAGUGGACCCCAGUGAACAGACACAGGGGAGAGCCCCUAUGAGCGUCUCAGAAGUGCCUUGAGUGUCAGAAGGGCUUUGUGCAGAAUGCAGGGCUCCUCACUCGCAGGAGAUGGCCCUCAUGGAAGAUGUGCUCCAAAUGACCUGAGUGCAGGAAGAGCUUCAAGCACAGCUCCAACCUGAUCGAGUUCCUGAGGAUCCACUCAGGGCAGAGACCUUAGAAAUGCCUGCACUGUGGGCAGAGCUUCAUCCAGAGCCCAAACUUCCUUGCUAACCAAAGAAACUCUCUCAGCGUGCCCAGUUUUCUCUUCUGCUCUUCCUGCAAGCAGCUUUUUGAACCCAUUUCCUGAGGAAAAGCAGCAGUGCAGGCAUGUUCUGUGUGUCUGCGUGCAUGUGUUCCUCUCAGUCAUUUCUGAGUCUGCUGAUGAGUCAGAUACAAGGGUCAGGAGAACCAGAAUGCCACUCUUGGAGGUUUACUGAAAAUCACCUGCAGGUGGAAGGGAAAGGGGAGAAUAAAGUAGCUGAGAGCUUUUGUUUUCAUUGUGUUCUCACCCUAUUUCCUAAAACAAAAGAUAAUGGGUGAAUGGAGGACAGGGAAAGGUGGAGGGAGGGUUUGUUGUUGUUGGUGCUGACUCCAGGCCACUGCUUGCUUCUGGGGGAAGGCAUGCCUGAAACCGAAUCCCAUCAUCCUUCCUAAGCAUGCCACACACUGGCUGUACUUGUCUUCUUGAAUGGUUUGAUCAGGAGCUCAGAUCAGCUGUGAGACAUCAAGGGCAGCCUGUUGUAUGGGAGCAGGUGAGUCAAGGCCUGAGCCACUGAUUGAGCAGCUGGAGGAAAGACCCAGUCAGCCCUGGGAGCACAGGUGAAGGCAAAUCAAGUGGAAGCCUGGCUCCACCCCUCCUAGGUCUCAUGGGAGGUCUGACUGCCCCUGGGGAAGGUUCUCUUUCUGGAGAUCCCUCAUUGGUGGUGCUUUUCCCUGUGAACCCCAAAUCUUCUGGUACAGGUGCGUGAUCUACUUUCCUUCCUUUGUUGCUCCUUUCUAUUUUGCUGGUCUUUCUACAUCUUUUGUAACAUCUUUUCCUUCGUGUUGAUCUUCCUGGUAGCUUCAUCUGGUGAGCCAGGCAGACCAAAAUACUAAAAUGGCUUUCCUUUUGAACAUCUUUAAGUGGGUCGGGGGGAGAAUGUCAUCCCUCUAGAUAAAAACCCUGCCAGGGCAGAUCCCAGGGUUUCUGGGUUCACUCUUAUAUGUAUUGGCAGCCAUAGUUGAAAAAUGGGGUCCCUUGCAGGAUAGUGGAAAUAUCUCUCAGUCCCCAUCCUGCAUGGCAGACUACUUCUAUGGAUUAGAUAAAGGUAUCCUAAUUACAAAGGAACGCCGGCUGGCUGCAUCCACUGUGGCAUGGCCACUAUUAAUGGCAGUGAAUCAUGCAGGACUUUUGAAUAAUGCUUUAGAAGAUGAGAACCAAUUAGUGUGUGAUCACAUUGAGGAACUCGAGCAAGAGCUUGGUCUCUUGACAGGGUUGAAAUCAAGUUUAUCUCUGCCUUUAAAACAAAUACAGAUUAUUGCAUUGGAAAAUACUCAGGCUUCUGAACUGGUGGACCUGGGUAAUUCAACAGAAAAAAUGUCAAGAUUGGAUCUUAAAGCCACACUUGAGGUGGAUCCCUUCGAGAUCCGACCUGUAGUGACACAAGAAACAAAGAAAAUGCAGGAUAGGCCAGGAGGGUUCCCCCUGAACAAUGGCCCCCUGCCCAAACCCAUCCCCAUGUAACAGCUCACCCCUAUACGGCAUCUGAAUUGAUGGAUUUGGUGCAAGGAUUUCGGCAGAAACCAAGGGAAAGUGUACCGGCUUCGUUACUUCGAUGAUGGGACAUGGGGACAGAGAGUGUUGUGGUCAAUGGACCAGAAGUUGCCAAGCUCGCAUCUGUUAUGUUGCACCCUGCCCUUAGGCAAUGACUGUCUGCCGCUGUGCAACAUCAUGAGGAGAAUCAUUCCCUAAUGGAUUGUUUGAUGGCGGCAUGCCAUGUCACCUGGCCUAAUAAGGCCGAUAUCCCGGUGCAUGCAGGUUUAUGGUCCUCCAAGGAGGACCUCCAAACAUACAUUUGCGAGCUAGGAAUGAAAGAGGAAGCCUUUGAAAGUCCUGAUUUAGUUAAACUCUCGGCUGGAAUGAGGGACCUGAUUUUUCAACAGGCACCCUCCCUCCAUUAUGGCACUUAGUAUCUUAGUAUCUAUAUUGAACCCCCUGGUGGCCUCAGAGGCUAUGAUUCAGCGGGCUGCCCAGUUGGUGGCUGCUCUGGAGGAGACGGAGCACUGUAGGGCAAGGCUUAAAGGCCUGAUCCCCUGGUUGUCCUGCAAAUGCCGCGUGAUCUCCCUCAGGACAAUCUGCUCCAUAACCUUCCCCGGCACCGAGGUCAGGCUGACAAGCCUGUAGUUCCCCAGAUCCUCCUUAUGACCCUUCUUGUAGAUGGGAGUCACGCUGGCAGGUUUCCAGUCUUCUGGGACCUCUCCAGUUGACCAGGAAUGCCGAUAGAUGAUAACAUCUGAGGUCACAGUUAAGACCACCUUGCCAAUUGAGGGGUGGGUGAAAGAUCUGACCCACCUUCCGAAGACAGGGGUGGCCCAAGCACAGACAGUGGCACAACGGGUCGCCUGUCUCAGCCAGAGGAGUAGUUUGUCUUCAUCACCACUGAAAGAAGAACUUGAAAAGAUGUUAGGCCCAGUGACGUAUCACAGCAAUGCACCGAAAGAAACAGCAGUUACUCCACCGGAGAAGAGUCCCAUUCAGGAGGGGAAAUAUCCCAUUCCUGAAUAUGCCUGGUGUACAGACGAGUCCAGCAAGGGCAACUCAAGCAAGUGAUGAGCAGUAGCAUACCAUCCUCUACUAAAACAAUCUGGUUUGAAAAAAGGGAUGGUCAGAGUAGCCAAUGGGCAGAGCUGAGAGCUCAGUGGAUGGUUAUAACCAAGGAACCUGGUGAUGGUAUCCUGAAUAUCUGCACAGAUAGUUGGGCUGUGCACUGGCAGCUCACUCUCUAGAUUGCACAGUGGGCCACUCAGGAAUGGACUAUCCAUGCCCCACCAUCUGGGGCAGAGAUACGUCGUUAGAUAUGUCGUUCUUUUCACAUACGUGCAGAUCUUCAAGGCUGUGCUGAGGAUGCCCUCUGAGCAGGGACAGCACAAAGACUUUUCCACGUGCCUCCCUCACCUGGCCGUGCUCUUCUUGCUUGUCACCGCUGCUUUUUUUGCUUACUUGAACCCGCCCUCCAUCUCCUCCUCAUCCCUGGAUCUGGUGGUGUCAUUUCUGUACUCAGUGGUGCCUCCAGUGUUGAAUCCCCUUCAUCUACAGCAUGAGGAACCAGGAGCUCAAACGUGCUUUGGGAAAUGGUUUUCACAGAUGUUUCCUAAUUGUGAUAAAUAUCCUGUUUUUCUGGACAGAUGAUUUCUUCCUACUUAAACUAUGGAAGUUCCAUUCCACCUCUAAUUUCAUUACUACUGUUCUUAACUUUAUUUUCAUUAGCAUUUAUUAUGUUAGAGAAAUAUUUUCAUUCUUUCUGCUUUUACUGAGGAAUGAAACUGCUCUGUUGACACUUGGGGCUGUGUAUCAAACACUACGUCACAUCUCUUAGUAUUUGCUUAAUUAAAUAGAAUUUCUACAGUGCA